AUGCUGCAGUGUAGGCAUGCACAGGAGUUCAGCUUCGGGCCCCGGGCCCUGAAGGAUGCCCUGGUCUCCACUGACGCGGCCCUGCAGCAGCUGUACGUCUCCGCCUUCUCCCCUGCCGAGCGGCUCUUCCUGGCCGAGGCCUACAACCCGCAGAGGACGCUCUUCUGCACCCUGCUCAUCCGCACGGCCUUCGACUGGCUCCUGAGCCGCCCCGAGGCCCCCGAGGACUUCCAAACCUUCCACGCCUCCCUGCAGCACCGGAAGCCCCGGCUGGCUCGGAAGCACAUCUACCUACAGCCCAUAGAUCUGAGCGAGGAGCCAGUGGGAAGCUCCCUGCUGCACCAGCUGUGCAGCUGCACCGAGGCCUUCUUCCUGGGCCUGCGUGUCAAGUGCCUGCCCUCAGUGGCGGCUGCGUCCAUCCGCUGCUCCUCGCGCCCCAGCCGGGACUCUGACAGGCUCCAGCUCCACACAGAUGGCAUCCUGUCCUUCUUGAAGAACAACAAGCCAGGGGACGCGCUGUGUGUGCUGGGCCUCACGCUGUCUGACCUGUACCCCCACGAGGCCUGGAGCUUUACCUUCAGCAAGUUCCUUCCAGGGCACGAAGUGGGCGUCUGUAGCUUUGCCCGGUUCUCGGGGGAAUUCCCGAAGUCGGGGCCCAGCGCCCCUGAUCCAGCCUUGGUAGAGGCAGCAGCAGAUGGCCCUGAGGCCCCCCUGCAGGACAGAGGCUGGGCCCUGUGCUUCAGUGCCCUGGGGAUGGUUCAGUGCUGCAAGGUCACGUGCCACGAGCUCUGCCACCUUCUGGGCCUGGGGAACUGCCGCUGGCUCCGCUGCCUCAUGCAGGGUGCGCUCAGCCUGGAUGAGGCCCUGCGGCGGCCCCUGGACCUCUGUCCCAUCUGUCUGCGAAAGCUGCAGCACAUCCUGGGCUUCAGGCUCAUCGAGAGGUACCAGAGACUCUACACCUGGACUCAGGCGGUGGCGGGGACGUGGCCCAGCCAGGAGGCGGGGGAGCCGUCGGUGUGGGAGGACACCCCGCCCGCCAGCGCUGACUCGGGCAUGUGCUGCGAGAGUGACUCAGAGCCCGGCACCAGCGUGUCAGAACCCCUCACCCCUGAAGCCUGGAGUCACGCCUUCUCCUCGGGGCCAGAGGUGGAGCCAGAGGAAGGGCUGAGCUCCCUGGUGGCCUCAGAGGCUCCGCCGGCACUCGGGGGCCCUGCGGAGGCUAUCAAGGAGCAUGAACGGUGGCUGGCCAUGUGCAUCCAGGCCCUGCAGCGGGAAGUGGCGGAGGAGGAGGUGGCACAGGUGGACAGAGCUGUGGAUGCCCUUGACCGCUGGGAGAUGUUCACGGGCCAGCUCCCGGCCAUCAGGCAGGACCCACCCAGCAGCAGGGACAGCGUGGGGCUGCGCAAGGUCCUGGGGGACAAGUUCUCUUCCCUGAGGAGGAAGCUGAGUGCCCGGAAACUCUCCAGAGCAGAGUCGGCACCCUGCCCCUGGGAUGGGGAAGAAAGUUAG